AUGGCAGCGGUGAGCUUCGGCCCCCUUCAGGACGACGAUGGCCAUGGCGGGCCCAAAGCGCUCGGGCAGGUCAGGGUUGGCGACCGCCUGGUGGUGCGGCCAGGGGUCGGAUACCAUGCAAACGGCAAGGAGUACUACAGGAGUGGAGACGUGGGCGAGGUCACACAGGUCAUCCAGGGUACAGGUGGCGAGCAUAAGGCCAUGAUUCGCUGGCCGCGAACACAGCACCAGAGCGUCGCGGGCUUCUCCGUUCUGGGCAAGAGGUUCUUGCGUGUCAAAAGGGAGGGGAAGCAGGCCACCCUCCCGGAGAUGCUGGUGGGGUCGACCACGUCUGGCUACGUGUUCGCUCUGUCGCUCGAGAGCGGCGAAGAAAUCUGGGCAGUCCAGGCUUCUGACCAGAUCGCUGGGGUGAAGGGCUCUGUCUCUGGCAAGGACGGCAUAGUAGUGGCGGCUGCCAAGCGCUGCACCGACAGAUACUGCUACAAGUACCGCAAUCAAACCAAUCCGCUUGUCCCGGGAAAUCAAAUGAUCUGGGGCCUGCUUGCCGCAGAUGGAAGCGUGGCGUGGUCCUUCAAACCGCAGUCGCCGGUCUGGAACUUCGUGCCCCAGUACGGCAACGGCACGGUCAUGUUCAGCGACUUCGAGGGCACCGUCUACUGCCUGGACCUGCUGACGGGCGCCCUCCGGUGGCAGCGCGACGGGUCCAUGGGCACGUACACCCAGGCGCACGCGCUGUACUUCCCGGAGGGCGACCUCGUCUUCGCCAUGGGCGUGAGCGCGUACGACCACAAGCGCUGCAAUCCGUUCCCAGCGCCGGGUGUCCUGCCCGCCUGCAGCACUUGGCCCGGCUCUCCCGGGUGGAUCCGCGCGCUCAACGCGAGCUCCGGCAGGCUGCAGUGGGAGCAGGAGACCCCGCAGCCCCCGGCGAGCGCCGGCCUUGGCAUGAUGCACAUGCCGCGUCACACGCGGCUCGUCGUCGCCCUGGGGCACAACUGCGUCUACAACUCGCCCUCCCAGCGCGCGGGGGCCGGCGGAUCUGGGUCCUCGACCCGCAGAACGGCCACAGCCGCUGGACGAGGGAGGGGCCGACGCUGUGGAGCGACCGGUGCGCGGGGGACCUGGAGGGUGGCGACAUCCGCAGGGCCAUGGGCGGCCGCGCCGCGUGCGAGCCCGGCGCGUGGUCGACGCCGGUGG